AUGGUGGCCAUUCGUGUGUUGCUCCUUGCAGGAGCUCUCUUGGCCUUUGCGUGCUCACAUGGCGGCGUCACCGCCUCCGACCCGAGCCUCCUCCAGGACUUCUGCGUCGCUGACAAGACGUCUCAAGUCCAGCAACCACUCAUCUUGGCCAUCUCUUGCAAAGAUGCCAACGAAGUCGUCGCCGAGGACUUCUUCUUCUCCGGCCUCCAUCUGGCCGGCAACACAGCCAACAAGCAGGGUUCCGUGGUGACCGCUGUCAAUGUCGUGCAGAUCGGCGGUCUCAACACCAUGGGCAUCUCCCUCGUCCGCAUCGACUACGCGCCGAACGGCCUCAACCCUCCUCACACCCACCCGCGCUCCACCGAGAUCUUGACCGUGCUAGAGGAUUGUCUCCACGUCGGCUUCGUCACCUCGAACCCUGACAACAGACACUUCACCAAGGUUCUCGCCAAGGAAGACGUGUUUGUGUUCCCCAAGGGCCUCGUCCAUUACCAGUUCAAUAAUGGGAAUACUCAUGCGGUGGCCAUCGUGGCACGGAGCAGCCAGAAUCCCGGAGUGAUCACGGUAGCCAAUGCGGUGUUUGGGUCGGAGCCUGCCAUCUCAGAUGAUGUUAUUACCAAGGCCUUCCAGGUGGAGAAGAACACGGUAGAUUGGAUCCAAGCACAGUUCUAA